UUUAAACGUACAAGUUGAGUUGUUUAAAAAAAAUCAAAAAAAAAAUCUGAAACAUUAAUAAAUUUAAUUCUAGUUUAAAACUAAAUUUUGCAAACAUGUUGCUGAUUUAUUUAAUAAUAACCUUGAGCACAUUAGUUGUUGUGUAUUUGAAAUGGUGCUUCAGUCACUGGCAACGUUUGGGUUUCCCCUAUGUAGAGGCCCAGAUACCAUUCGGUGUUUUAGAUCCGGUUAUACGCACCUGGAAAAAAUCUCUAGGCAUGGCCAUUUAUGAUGUCUACAGACAGUCCAAAGACCGUGUUGUCGGCAUUUAUUUAAUUAAUCGUCCCGCUCUGCUGGUGCGUGAUGCUAAAUUGUCCCGCGAUAUUUUGACCAAAGAUUUUAGCAGUUUUCAUGAUCGUGGCGUUUAUGUGGAUGAGGAACAUGAUGCCAUGUCCGGGGGUCUGUUCUUUUUGAAGGGUAAAAAAUGGAAGAGUUUAAGAACAAAACUCACACCCUCAUUUACAUCGGGCAAAUUGAAGGGUAUGUUCGGUACCAUCGAAGAUGUAUCCAAUAAAAUGGUGGAUCAUAUUAAAGCGCAAUUGCCAGAGGAUGGCAGUGCUGGUACAGUGGAGACUAAACAAUUGUUUGUUACCUAUGCCAUUGACAUUAUAGCUUCAGCAAUUUUCGGUUUAAAUGUCAAUAGUUUUGUUAAUCCCGACAAUGAGUUCUUUGCUUUGAGCAGAACUGUCAAUGAGAAUACUUAUGUUGGCGUUUUCCGUGGCACUUGUCAAUUUUUGUUCCCCGGUUUAGAGAAACUAUUUCAACGUAUUGGUUGGACAGAACCGGCUCCGGAGAGUAUGAAGAAACUGGUACGACGCACCAUAGAAUAUAGAGAAAAGAAUAAUGUGAUACGCAAGGAUAUGUUGCAAUUGUUAUUGCAACUACGUAACACGGGAAAAAUCAAUGAUGACAACGAUGAGGAAUGGUCGGCAGAGAAAACAAAGGAUGCCUUAACCAGCAUGUCAGUGGACAUGAUAGCCGCCCAAUUGUUUUUGUUUUAUGUAGCCGGUUUUGAGACCUCAGCCUCUACGACUGCUUUUACACUCUACGAACUGGCCCAAUAUCCGGAACUCUUGAAAAAGGCUCAAGAUGAUGUUGAGCAUGCUUUGGAAAAUCAUGGCAAAAUGACUUAUGAGGCCUUGAAAGAUAUGAAAUACUUGGAUUUGUGUAUAAUGGAAACAACACGUAAAUAUCCUGGUUUGCCAAUAUUGAAUCGUAUAUGUACCCAUGAUUAUAGCAUACCAGAUACAAAAUUGGUUAUUAAGAGCGGCACUCCCAUUAUAAUAUCAUUGUUUGGUAUGCAUCGUGAUCCUGAAUAUUUUCCCAAUCCCAUGCUUUAUGAUCCUGAACGAUUUUUGGAGGAGAAUAUGAAUUAUGAUCCGGCUGCCUAUAUGCCGUUUGGUGAAGGACCACGUCAUUGUAUAGCUCAACGUAUGGGUAAAGUCAAUGUAAAAGCCGCCAUUGCUCAAGUAUUAACAAACUUUAAUAUAGAAAUCAAUCCAAAUCGCCAAGAAAUUGAAAUUGAUAACUUUGGCAUACCCAUAAUGCCCAAAGGAGGAAUACCAGUGAAAUUUUCCAGAAAAAUUAAGUAAUUGAAAAAAGCUGCCAUCGGAAUUUGUAAUAAAGAAACUAAAUUAUGUUUAGAAAUCAAAAAAAAUCAAAAAUUUAUUAAGACUGAGUAAUUGAAAUUAGCAAAACUAUAAGAUAAAAAGAUUAAAAUCAUAAAUUAGAAAUAUAUAAACAAAAUAAAUGUAAAAAUUUAAAAACAAAAAA